CCGCAGUGCCGGUCGGACGGCGACUGCGCCGACACCGACCAGUGCCAGCGCGGCAGCUGCGUGGACGCAUGCCGCCACGCGCCGUGCGGCGUCAACGCGCUCUGCACGGCGCAUGCGCACCGCGGGGUCUGCUCCUGCCCGCCCAACUACGUCGGCAACCCGCACGGCGAGUGCACACGAGUGUCCCCGCCCGUGGGCUGCAGCUCCAACGCCGAGUGCUCGCAGCAGGAGGCGUGCGUCAACCGCGCCUGCGUCAACCCCUGCAACUGCGGCCCCAACGCCGACUGCCGCGUCAACGACCACUUCCCCAUCUGCUUCUGCAAGCCGGGCUACUCCGGCAACGCUCUCGCUGGCUGCUUCAAGGUGGGCUGCCAGUCGGACGGCGAGUGCAGCUACGACCAACAGUGCUACAACGGCGAGUGCGUGAACCCGUGCCUGCUGGGCGCUCCGUGCGCCGUGACGGCCGAGUGCUACGGCGACGCGCACCGCGCCGCCUGCCGCUGCCCGCCCGGCUUCGCCGGCGACCCGUUCCGGCGCUGCGAGCGCGCCGAGUGCCGCGUGGACAGCGACUGCCCGCGCGACAAGGCGUGCCUGCAGCGGCGCUGCGUGGACCCGUGCGCCGCCGUGGCCGACCCGCCCUGCGCCGCCAACGCGCUGUGCUUCGCACAGAACCACGCGGCGGGCUGCCGCUGCCCCGAACACCUGCCGGCGGGCGACCCGUUCGCCUUCUGCGAGGCGCGCCCGCCGCCCGCGCACCGCCCCGAGUGCCGCUCCGACGUCGACUGCCCCUCGCGCCGCGCGUGCAUCCGCGAGCGCUGCCAGGACCCGUGCGCCGUGCUGCGCCCCUGCCACCCCAGCGCCGCCUGCGCCGUGCUCGACUCCGUGCCCGUGCGCACCAUGGUGUGCGAGUGCCCCGACGGCUGGGUACCCGACCGCGACGGCCAGUGCCGGCCCGUGCUGCUGCCCGUGCCGCCGGGCUGCACGGCCGACACCGACUGCCCGGCGACCGAGGCCUGCAUCAGCCGCAUGUGCCGCAACCCCUGCAACUGCGGCGCCAACGCCAAGUGCCUGGUGCAGAACCACCGGCCCGUGUGCUCGUGCGAGGAGGGCUUCGAGGGCAACGCCAACAUCGCGUGCCACACCGUGGGCUGCCGCAGCGACUCGGAGUGCGACUCGGGCAAGGCGUGCGUCAACGGCCACUGCGUCAACCCGUGCCUCGUCAAGGACCCGUGCGGCGUCAACGCCGAGUGCUACGCCUUCGGCAACCGCGCCGAGUGCCGCUGCCGCUCGGGCUACCGCGGCAACCCGUACUUCCGCUGCUACGUGGUGGGCUGCCGCUCCAACAACGACUGCCCGGGCGACCGCGCCUGCGUCAACGCGCAGUGCGUCGACCCGUGCGUGUACGGCGACUCCAGCCCGUGCGCCCCGCGCGCGCAGUGCCGCGUGCACAACCACCUGGCCGUGUGCCGCUGCCCGCCGGGCUUCGUGGGCAACCCCUACGUGGGCUGCCGACCGGAGCCUCGACCCGAGUGCCGUGUGGACGGUGACUGCGCCUCUCGCCUGGCCUGUCUCAGCGAGAAGGACCCGUGCGCCGUGCUGGACCCGUGCCGGCGCCCGGCCGACUGCGUGGUGGUGGCGUCGCUGCCCGUGCGCACGCUGGUGUGCGUGUGCCCCGGCGGCUACGUCAGCUCGGGCUCGGGCACGUGCAAGGCCACUCCGCCCGUGGUGGCCGUGGGCGGCUGCGUGGCCGACGACGACUGCGCGCUCGACCGCGCCUGCGUGCGCGGCGUCUGCAGAGACCCCUGCGCGUGCGCGCCCAACGCCGACUGCCGCGUGCGCGACCACAAGCCUGUGUGCGCCUGCAAGCCCGGAUUCGACGGGAAUCCCAACAUCGAGUGUACGCAA